UUUCUCCCCAAAUCCCUCGACUUAGCGGACGUACAAGAGAACCAAGUGUAAAUGGUGAUCAGUCGGACAGUGCGCCCAGCCCGCCCCACGCGUAGUGUGAGCAGUGAUUCGUGCAGCACACCCCGCGACCUGCUUCUAUCAGUCUAGUGGCAAUGACGACCUGGCGCCUAAUACAGUUAUGGAGUCGGCUAACCAUCUGCCUCCUGCUCCUGUCCCUUAGCAGCUCCCAGAGCUGUUUUCCCAUGGAGGAUAUUUUUCUCCGGUACCGUACCUGGGACCAGCAGAUGUCGCUGACGUCACGGCGGGUGUACAGGGUAGGGGUGGAGGGGGAUGACAUCAUGGAGGUGGAGGAGUACAGCCGUAACCAUAGGACCACGAAGUACCGCAUCAUCUGCGACAUUGCCUACGGCGGCAACAGAUACCUGGUGAAGCGCGAGACAGCCUACGGUGCCAGUUUCCAGUGCAUCCACCUGGAACAGCUGUCUCAGUUUAUCCUGAGGAUCAGCCGCUCGGACACCGGAAAUUUGCCGAAACGGAUCAACUGUCUAGAAGACACCUACAUGGCGGACCCGGUAGUGCUGAUAGCUGUGAGAAAAUACUUCACGGACUCCUGCCCGCUCAUCGGUGGAUUUCAGCUGUACCUGGACGUCGGUUCCGACUCCUCCUGCAAGAGGUCAAUGACCUCGUACAGUCCAAGCAUCCAGUUUAAGUGCGACUACACGGACUCUGGCAGCGUGGUUCUGGACUUUGGACCCGACUGUCUGCCCCGAGCACUCGCAGCCAGUUCGGUUUUUCCGCGGGAACAAUACCUGUUUAGGAUGGCAUGCGUGGGUGGGUGGGAAAAAAACGAGAUCACUUCUUUGAUCUUAAAGAUGCAAGGCGUGGAUAACAUGUUUUGGUGUCUUGUGUACCGACCUUUUUCAACUGCGGAAAAUUUUCACCUGACUCUGGACGGUAGCUGUUUGCGGAGACAAAUUGGGCCAGGUGAUACUAACGUGUUGUCUGGCAUCUUAGUGCCCUACCUUCAAGCAAAUCACUUGCAGUGUACAACAAGCAGUGGCAGCAAGUGUAAGAACGGCAAGGACGUCUGCAGUAAUCCUUCAUCGUGCCCUAAACAAUGCGGUCGCUGUCAGAAAUAUGUCGAUGCCAACAGAUUCUGCCAGUUCUCGCACAACCUUACUGGCACCUGGUCAACGCUGUCUCCGGAUAUUAAAAUAACAAUAAACGGAAGCGGCGUCUCAGGGACGUACGGCCAGUUCAGCUGCUUCAAAGAGAGCCUCAAGUUUUCGUACACUCUAGUACAAACAGGCGGCGACGACGCAGUUUGUCAGCCCACCUACGCAUGCGCGCACAUCGAGAAUUUCGCCACGGAUAUGCUGGUGUUUCGUAUACGACCAUCGAUGCGUAACGGCUCCGGGGAACUGAUACCGUGCGAGAAGAACACGGGAGCUCUGUUUUACGGUAAACCCAGGGCUAAAGACGAGCCAAAACUGCUCAUCUCCAGUAGCGAGUUAAAGGUGAGCAGUUGCAACAUCUCCUCCCCUGCGGUGUACCCCACCACGUACAAAAACUGCAAGCUGCUGGUCAGAAAAUGCUCCGGCGACUGCCAGACCUUGACGGUCGCCUACGACAGGGAGACCUGCAGUAACAAGACCUACAGGGACGAGCAAAUCGCCGCCAACCACACGUGUUACGGCACCGUCAAGUUCAAAGGUCAGACGCGGGGAAUCAUCGCCAAGUCCUGGCACACCGACGACUUCCACUGUUGGCUGUUCACCAGCAGCUACCUCUACAUCCUGGCCGUGGAGGAUUGUAACCCCAUCUCCGCGGAGCGCAUCGUUAGUGACAGCAACUCUCUCCGAGAACACGACCCUCUCAAGACUCUAACCAUCCAAGCAGAAGACCAGGAAAACUCAGCUCAUGGUAGUUUAACACACUCAAUUCUAACAGACUUUCUGCUUCUGAUGUUGUAUUUCAUUUUUAUAACACACUGAUCUCUCUUUGUAUGUGCUUAUUUAUAUUUUUAUAAAAUGAUUUUAAAAUUCCAGCGUAUUUUAUGAUUUGAUCUGUGAUCAUUAUUAAUUUCUGAUUGGUUGAGAUUUGACAAAUUGUGCUGGCACACUCGACCAUUAGACCCGUGGGUAGACGAGCCUCAAGAACUGUGAGAUUUGUUUGAAAGGAAGACGAUUGGUAGCUGGGGUAACUAAUAGAACAGCCAAUCGCUGGGGUAACUAAUAGAACAGCCAAUCGCUGGGGUAACUAAUAGAACAGCCAAUCGCAUCUGCAAAUAAUAAUGAGAGCCGGGGAAGAGGAUGCACGUUGUAGCAUAUAUAGGCUACACAUUCAUUCAAACUUUAACACACACAUACACCCGCACACACA